CUGAGCACGGGCACCAACAGACACAGUGUUGUGCGGUGUUGAACGUCACGGUACGCGCAAAUUAGCGACGUUGCAACGAACGAGGAAGACGAAAUCGGCGUGCUUUUUUUUUCCAACGUUAACGUUGACGUCGAUUGACCUCGCUAGCGUGCAGUCGGACUAUUAUUAUGGAUCAGGAAGACAUUCUGACGAUACUGAAGAUUCUCAUGAUCGGCGAAUCCAACGUGGGAAAGUCGAGCAUACUCUUGAGGUUCACCGAGGAUGAGUUCUACGAGAAUAUGCAAAGCACGGUUGGGAUGGACUACAAGACCAAGCAGGUCAACAUCGACGGCAACGUGGUGAAGCUUGCGAUUUGGGAUACUGCUGGCCAGGAGCGAUUUCGCACCUUAACGCCGAGUUAUUACAGAGACGGUCAGGGUGCUAUUUUGAUGUACGACGUUACGGAUAGAAAUACCUUUGUGAAAUUGGAAACAUGGCUCAAUGAGUUAAAUACAUACUGCAACAAAACAGACAUCGUUAAGAUGGUAGUAGGUAAUAAGAUAGAUUUGCCAAAUAGAGAAGUCAGCACCGAGGACGGCCUACAGUUCGCCAGGAGGCAUCAGACCUUAUAUAUUGAGAGCAGUGCGAAAACUGCAGAUGGUGUCAGGUGUUGCUUUGAGGAACUUGUACAAAAGAUAAUACAAACGCCUGGACUUUGGGAUACUCACUCUAUGCGAUUGUACGACAACGGUACCAUGGGCGGUGCGAGGCAUCGAGUGGGAAAGAGAGGCAUGCAGUUGACCAACGAUUAUCAACAGCAGGAUGCGAACUCAAACUGUUACUGCAGCUUGCUGUAAUCAAUUGUGAAAAGUGCGUGUGCUCGUACAACACUGUACACAAUGCGUUAAGUUUGGAGUAAUUUUCGAGGAACAACGAGCGUAACGUGGAAAGGAUCAAAUUUAAUAGAUCAUCGCUUUAUAUAUAUUAUUCAGAUGGUAUAAAGACUUAUCCAAAGAUAGGCAUGCAUUUGAUAUCAAGCGUACACAUCUAAACGUACAAACUGUCGUUAGAGACUAAGCUGAAUCUGGUGUAUAGAUAUCGAUGUUAAACAAAAUUUUGUGUUCGUGUAAAUACAAGAUUUACGAGUGAUAAGGAAACGCUCGUAGACAUACUCAAUAAGACAUUUGUAUGAAGACCUUAGGCGAUAAUCUGUCCAUCACGUAUUUAUAUAAGUGAAUUUGAACAUUUUUAUAGUCUUUUUCGAUUGUGUUUGUCGUUUUACAUUUUGCACAAUAUGUGUGCUUGACGCAUAUCGUUGUUACAUUUGAAAAGCAUGUAUUAUAUUGUAAAAUAUAUUUAAGGAUGUUGUGUUAUUUUGUAUAUUAGGUGCUAGUUUCUAGAUUCUAAUGUAUAUCUCUUAAAUCGUAAAUAUAUACUGCACCGGGGAAAAGCGGUGAGUAUAUAUUUUACAGAGAUUUUGACGCUUAAGUACAAGAUAUAUAAUGAUCUCAGAAUUCGUGUAUACUGAAUGCAAUUCUCUGUCAGAAGAAAUAACUUUUUCCUCUGGCGAAAUUGUGUUGGAGUAAUAAUUUUUAAAUGAGAGUAAUUUAAAGUUAGCCUAUGGAGAAAUAACAAAUAAUAAACGUCUAAUAAACGUUUAUUGACAUUUAUUGAAUGUCUAGUCGAUUUGAUUGGUUCUCUUUGAGAGGUGAUGCGCCGCUCCGUGUGAAAACGAUUGGCUCAAUAGAUCCCAGGUUCGAUCUCAAUUUAAAGCUGAAGAAUAAGUGUUUUAAAUUAUGGAUGUUUCAUUAUUUUUUUUGAAAAUUUUAUGUUAAUUAUAUGUAAUAUCUAAAAAUAUCGUUAUUUAGAAUACGACUUAAUAAUAAUAAAUAUCAGAAAUCUUGUAACUAAUACUUUGAAACAAUAAUUGAAAGUAAAACAAGUAGAUUAGAUAAGUAGAGUUAGAUGCCAAAUGUUGUUCUAAGCUUUCUAUAGAUUUGAAAAAGGCUAAUUUAAAUGUUUCGAAACGUUUGCUCGAAAUGCAGACCUUGUUUUUGUAUUGUACAUAUAUUUAUUCUACGAAUAAGAUUUAUUUUACUUUCAAACAAUAUCAAAGUUAAAAAUUUUCUCUUGUUAAAUGAGUUUUAUUCUAAAUAAUGAUAAAUAUGCAUCAGUUAUAUAUAAAAUCUGUAGAGUAAUAUAGAGUAAAAAGAGAUAUGCACUAUAUACGUUCGCAGUAUGCAUCACCUAACCACUGAUUCAUACAUAGCGUAAUUGAAAGUGCUUAUUCAUAGCUUUAAAUUGCUCUCAUUGAGAAACCAUCAAAUACAAUUUUGUCAAAGAAAAAGGUUGCUUUUUCUAACACAGAACAUCGCAUUGUGAACGUGAAUUAUGAGAUACUCUGUAUAUCAAUUAUAUAUUUAUUCAUUUGUAAAUAAAAACAUUUUUCUGGAUA